GUGCUAUAUUCUUGUUAGGAAUAGGAGUUUUGGUAUUCUGCAGUCUCGCGCAUUACUUACAUGAUUUCCAUCGUGUGCCGAAAUCAACAAGUCGUUCAUUUGAAGACGGCGACAAACGUGACAAAAUGGCGGUAUCACUCACACACAGCGAGAGCAACAACCAAACAGAUAAGGCAUUUAAAGCCAACACUCUCUACAAGAAAAACAAACCUCAAGCCAAUCUCUGCUUCUUGUACAACGCCCGACUUGGAAAUCGCAUGUUUCAAUACGCAGCAGUUCUUGGCAUUGCCACAGAGAAGAACAUGGUCCCUGUCAUUCAGAAGGAUCACCCUGAAUUGCAAACGUUUGAGCUUGGCGCUAAACUGAUCGACGACCGGGAAUGCCUAAGAUAUCUGGUUCACCGUGGAAAAAGAUACGCAGCUUUUGAUAAUGAAUCCGUUGCUUUUGACAGCAGGGUCAACACCAUAUUGUCCGGUUCUUACCAAUCAUGGCGUUAUUUUCGACAUGUCGAACAAGAACUUCGGCACCAUUUUGCCUUUAGGCAACACAUCUUGGAUGAAGCUAGAUCCACAUUGUCUGACGCGGUAAGACAACAAGGCUUUGACAAAUUUCCGGAACAGACGCUCGUUGGGAUUCACGUACGGAGAGGUGACAUGCUGAUGGAAGAAUAUGUUAACACUGGGUAUAAAACCGCACCACAGGACUACUUCUUACGCGCCAUGGAUAUUUUUCUGAGGAAAUUUCCAGUAGUGGUUUUCAUAGUAUGUUCCGAAGAUCAGGAAUGGGUUCGUUCAUUCAUACCACAUGAUCGUGCAGUUUUUAUAUCCCCACGUUCUGCUGAAAAGGAUCUGGCGGUGUUAUCUCUGUGUAAUCACAUGAUCAUGAGCGUGGGGUCGUUUGGGUGGUGGGCGGGUUGGUUAGCUGGUGGGAUGACCAUCUAUUAUAAACACCAAACCGCGGAGAGGUCACUUCUUAGUAAAGGUUUCGUUUUGUCCGACUAUAUGCCUCCAGAAUGGAUUGGGCUUGACUAG